AUUAGUUUAGUCGGCAUUGGGCUGUUUGAUAUAAAGUAAGAACGUGGUGUCCGUGCAUAUCGCGGAUUAUAUAAGGGAUUUGAGCCGGGACUGCAUUGAUUUUCCAUUGGCCAUGGCCCGCAUCGUUGAGAGCAAUGCCCAUACUAAAACCAUCAAUAGUUUCUUUCCCAUCACUGUUGCCCAGUGACGUCGCCGACUUAAGAAUAGAGAUGAUGCCUGCCUUGUGACCUGAGGAAUGAGUGAUGUGGAUCGUCUAGUGGAAAAUCUGCGCCAUGUGCCGGUCCGUCUGCCCAAGGAGUUGGAGGUUCGCCAGCUGUGCCGCUCGUUGAGUGACUUGCUCGUCGGCGAGGCGAAUCUACUGAGCCUGCAGAGUCCGCAAAUCGUAUGCGGCGACAUACACGGGCAGUUCGAGGAUCUGCUCCACCUGCUGGAACUAGGCGGAUCGGUGCAGCAGCACCGCUACUUGUUUCUGGGUGACCUGGUGGAUCGGGGCAAAAACAGCUUGGAGACCUUUCUUCUGCUAUCUUCUCUCAAAGUGCGACAUCCGGCACAGGUUACCCUGUUGCGGGGUAACCAUGAGUGUCGCAGUGCCACUCGAUCGUAUGGAUUUUACGACGAGUGCCUUGCACAGUACGGCUCUGCGAAUGUCUGGAGGAUGUGUUGCCGUGCCUUCGAUCUCUUGCCGCUGGCGGCGAUCAUUGAUGGCAAUAUAUUUUGCGUUCAUGGCGGCUUGUCGCCGGAGAUCCAGCGAUUGGAUGAGUUCCGUAAACUGGAUCGCUGCCACGAGAUACCCGAGAGUGGAGUCAUAGCUGAUCUCCUCUGGAGCGAUCCCCAGGAAGCGCCUGGAUGGACGGCGUCGCCACGUGGGCAUGGAAAACUCUUUGGUGGCGAUGUCGUGGAGCAGUUCACCCGCAGCAAUAGUAUCUCUCUCAUAUGCAGGGCUCACCAGUUGGCCAGGGAUGGCUUUCGGUGGCAUUUUGGCCAAAAGCUGGUGACUAUCUGGUCAGCACCCAACUAUUGCUAUCGCUGCGGCAACAAAGCGGCAAUUCUGCGUAUAAAUUCUGUUGGGGAUUACGAUUUUAAAGUAUUUGAAGCGCAGGCGCUGCACUCCAAGCCGCAGCCAAGGAAACCGAAAAAGCGUUGUCGUCAAUUUUUUCUAUGAUUUAAUCGCGUCUUGAAUCUUAUCCCAAAAAUGAAUAAUUUUGCAACAGGCCGAACCUACUAAUCACUCCAAAAGCGAGCUUUGCCAUUCCGAAAUACUCCUAGUCUCGUAAUCAAUAAAAUACAUGUACUUACUAAAACAUCUAGUUAGAUUUCCGUUUACUUGCUUUGACUCUGGAGG